AUGAAUAAUCGAGAAGAAGAAAAACAGACACAAUAAAUAGACAAUACGUAAAUAUGUAAUUUAAGUAAGAGCAAAUAAUAUCGACGAGGAAUAGAGAAAAUAAUAUUUAUAGGAUUUGUAAAAACGAGUAAAGGAAUCUAGAAAACAACCUGAUUGUUUUGAAUGUUGUUUUGCAUAUUGGUUAUUUGUCUUUUUAGGAUUUGUGUUUAGACAAUUCUUCUUAAAGAAAAUAGAUGAAACACCAGAUGGUUGUGAUUUCAUUGGAUUAAUUAUAUCACUUCUAUUGAUAUUGUUUUCAUUCUCUGCUUGUUGUAGAUGCAUUGAUGGUUGUUGCAUUUUAAUACCUUGCAAAAAUACUAGUUGCUUUCAUUUAUCUUUAAGAUUCCAUGAUCUCAACAACCUAAUUAAUUUUUAGACAUGCAAAUGGGGUUUAAUUAUAUUGACCAUUAUAUGGCUACUAAAUUAUAGCUGCAUUGUAUUUUGGCCAAUGUUUAUUUUCCUAUUGAUAACAUGGAUAUUAAUAUUAGUAUGGAAGUAAAUGGAAAAUGAAUGAU